AUGUCAGAUAAAUUCGUUCCAUAUCAUUUACGUGAUAUUAACAAUCCUCCAGCUCAUCUUGGCGACAAGCGAAAAUCGAAUUGGAUACGUACUGCACAAAAAGCGCAGAAAAAUUAUCAAAAUCAACAACAAUAUCCAGCAUUUACUUUACCAACAUCAUUUUAUGAAAUUAUAUAUGUAAAUAAAUUUACAACAACGGAAACAAUGCAAAAAUUGAUUGAUCAUGUACGGCAUUGCCAUGAAUUUACAUUUGAUACAGAAGGUGAAAAAUCAAACAAGCAAUUAGCCUUAAUUCAGAUUCAAACAAUACCUCAACAAUUACCAUGUUUCGUCGUAUUAGUGGAAUUAUUACAUCUACCAUCAUUUAAUCCAUUAAUUUUUGUUAAAAUUAAACAAUUAUUUACAUUGAUAUUUCAAUCGAAAAACAAAUUAUAUUCGUGGGGUCCACUACGAAAAGAAUUAUAUCCGGCUGUGAAUUAUGAAUUGUUAGAGUGGCCUAUUACAUCGCAAAUAUUUGAUAUUCAACUUGGAUUUAGUGAUUGGUAUACAUGGGCACUAUCUCAUUGUGAGGUGUGUAGCCCGUCAUUACUUCAACAUAAUGUUAUAAAUGAUGUUUGUUCCAAUACAAAUAUUAAUUCAUCUUCAAAAUGUACGUGCCAUGAAGCAAGUCCUUAUCGUCCUGGAGAGAAAUGGGGACUACAAGACGCUUUCAUUUACACUUGUCAAUUGUUUAUCGAUAAAUCAAUGACAAUCAGUUAUUGGGCAAAAGGAUUAGAUCCACAUCAUUCAACAUUAUCGACAAUAACACGUGAAAAAAUGUUGCGUUAUGCAAUCUAUGAUUGCUUUACCACAACAUAUUUAGCACGUCCAGUUUUAAGCACUUGGACAUUUCAAAAGGUAAAAAAUAUUAAUUUAGUUGAUCUAUUUCAGGCAUCAUUAUCGUCUACAUCGCCAUCAUUAUUCUCAUUACCUCACGAACAUAACACCACUAUCAACACCUACAUUAAUCCACAAAUUUUUAAAAAUGUUAUUGAUAAUGAUUUAGAAUUUAUUUCGGAAGAUAGUGAUGAUGACAUCACAAUUAAUCAAUGCCGUACAAUUCCUGUUAAUAAUGCAUUAUAUGAACAAAUUUCCGAUGAUGACAUUGACAUUUCAAUUGGACAACAACAACAUCAACCUUCAAUUGAAUCACAUUCAACACACGAUCGACGAACUGAUGAACGAAAACGUCGACGAUCUAAUGAAUCAAAAAUUCGACGAUCUGAUGCAGCACGACAACAACGAAAUCGAAAACGUAAUUAUAUUCAUCGAUUAUACCGUUAUCUUCAUAUUUUAGUUCGUCGCAUUUACCACCGUUUCACCAUGUCAUGA